AUGCAGGACAAGACCUAUCAGUCUGUGAUGUACGGAGAUGAUGCUACACAGAUUUCUGACAAAAUAUUUGAGUGGGCUCUACAAGGUGACUCGGCAGCGUUGGAAAAGCACUCAGCCCACCUGGGUGUCCGUGACCAUGCCAAUGCCAGCCCUCUGCACUAUGCCACCUCACACGGGCACAUUAGCACCAUACAGCUCAUUGUGCAGUUGACUGGUCCAGAUGAACUGAGUGCCAGUGAUGAGGAGGGCAACACGUCAUUACACUGGGCUGUGCAGAAGACCCAGAGAGAGAGCUGUGCUUGCCUUCUGGACCUGGGAGCCAACCCGAACAUCCUCAACCGCCGCCUCAUGUCUCCCCUACACAUGGCUGUCAGCCUCGGACACAACACUCUCAUCGAGCUAUUACUGUCUCACAGCAACACGGAUGCCAACUUGGAGGGAGAAUUGGGGAACACACCUGUAAUGUUGGCCUGCUGUGUUGAUAACCAUGAAGCUCUCCAUCUACUUUUUAAAUAUGGAGCCAGACUAUGUCAACAGAACAAGCUGGGGCAUUAUCCCAUUCACGCAGCAGCCUUUGCAGGGGCCAAAAAAUCAAUGCAGGUGGUUCUUCAGAAAGGUGAGGAAAUAGGUUACUCAAUUGAAACGCACAUCAACUAUGUGGACAAAUCAUUCAGUACUCCUCUUCAUCUGGCCGUCCGUGGAGGCAACCUGGAGGUGAUCAAACUCUGCAUAGAACAGGGAGCUAAAAUGGACCAACAACAGUGUGACAAAUCCACAGCCCUCCACUUUGCCUGCACCCAGGGAGCAACCGAGGCCGUCAAACUCAUGCUAUCAGCACAUGAUAGAGUCGGUGAUGUCAUCAAUCUCACAGAUGGCGCUUGCCAAACCCCACUGCAUAAGACAACAAUAUUUGACCAUGUUGAAUUGGCUGAAUACCUAAUUUCAAAGAGCGGAGACAUUAAUGCCAUUGACUGUAAGGGUCAUACCCCACUGCUUUUGGCAACAAGUUGUAGCGCAUGGAAAACAGUGAGCCUUCUUCUUACACAUGGGGCUAAUUUGAAAAUAAAAGACAAACAUGGCUGCAAUUUCCUUCACCUUGCCAUCUUGCAGCCUAAAGGUCUGACAAACCUUCCUCCAGAAUUCUUAAAGUGCAGCAGUGUGAGAGAGCUCCUGGAUGCAGAGGACAAUGAGGGUUGUACUCCCAUGCACUAUGCCUGCAGACUGGGCAUUCCAGAGUCAGUGAAGAACAUGCUCAGACUGAACGUCUCACUGGACCAGAAGUCUAAGCAGAAGAAAUCUGCACUGCAUUUCGCAGCCGAGUAUGGGAGGAUAAACACCUGCCACAGACUCCUGGAGAGCAUGACCAACACCAGACUGCUGAAUGAGGGAGAUGAGAGGGGAAUGACUCCCCUCCACCUGGCUUCCCGUGGCGGCCAUGUUAUAGUGGUGGACCUGCUGCUGCGGAAAGGAGCGCUGUUCCACAGUGAUUAUAAAGGUUGGACAUGUCUACAUCACGCUGCAGCAGAGGGAUAUACCCAGACCAUUAUCAUACUCCUGGCAUCAAAUAUCAAACUGCUGGACAAAACAGAUGAAGACAGGAACACAGCGUUACAUCUGGCUGCCAGAGAGGGCCAUGCGGCUGCAGUGACACUGCUCCUGGACAGAGGGGCGCAGAUAACGCUCAACAAGAGUGAUGCCUCCUUCCUCCACGAAGCUGUUCUCAACGGCAGGAAGGACGCAGCCAUCGCUGUCAUCCACAAUGAGAGAUGUGCUGAGGCUAUGCUAUUGUUCAAAGUGAAGUCAACUAAGCGAUGCGUUGUCAUGGACAUGAUAGAGUUCCUGCCAGAGUCAUUCAAGCAUCUUUUGGACACUUGUGUAAAGGAGUCAGAUGAUGACAUAAAUAGUACCAACUACUCUAUCGAGUACACUUUCAGAUGGCUACAAGCUCCCAUGCAUGUCAUUAAGCUUGCAAAAGCAGACAAAAGCUUCGACUUCCAGCCUCUCACUGCUCUGAAUUACAUGGUGAAAUUUAACCGCAUAGAGCUUUUGACCCAUCCUGUCUGCAAGAAGUAUCUGGAAAUGAAAUGGAAUGCCUAUGGUAUGAAAGUGCACCUGCUAAAUCUGGCCAUCUACUCACUUGGUCUGGGGCCUCUGACACACAUCAUUCAUACUCUGAAGCCUAUCCUCAACACCAAUGUCACCAAUACCACGUCACCAUCAUCAUCAUCAUCAUCAUCCGUCGGCAUGGUGACCACAUCCUUUGACGAGCAAUGCUACAUAAUCACCACAUGCAUGUUCCUGAUUCUUGCCAUGAGUCUGUACGCAGUUGGCAAGGAGCUUGUGCAGAUAGUUCAGCAGGGUUCAAAGUACUUCUGUGAUGUGACCAAUGCAUUGGACUGGGGUGCUGCCAUCAGUACGCUGCUGUUUGUGAUCCCUUUACUGAUGGACCUGAAGGACACAUGGCAUUGGGAGGCUGGUGUGGUGGCAGUUCUUCUAUCCUGGAUCAACUUUCUCCUCUAUUUCCAACGGUUUGAACGUGUUGGGAUCUACGUGGUGAUGUUUUUAGAGAUUGCAAAAACUCUUAUAAGCAUCAUUGUACUCUUCUUCUUCCUGCUGCUGGCAUUUGCCUUGGCCUUCUAUGCCCUGAUGCUAGAUCAUGUAUCUAGCAUACCGCUAGUAAUCAUGCAAACAUUUGUCAUGAUGGCUGGAGAACUCAACUACCAAGAAAAUGUCCUGAAGCCAUUUCUGGGAGGGAUUCUGCCUUUCCCAUAUUUGACCUACUGCAUUUUUGUUAUGUUCACCUUUGCUGUGCCCAUUCUCCUCAUUAACCUAAUGAUUGGCUUGGCUGUUGGUGACAUAGCAGAGGUACAGGCGAAUGCUGAGCUGAAGCAAAUUGGAAUGCAGAUUGAGCUUCACACUAGUCUGGAAGAGAAAAUGCCAUACUGGUUAAUGAAGAGGGUUGAUCAGAUCUCGCUCACUGAGUACCCUAACAGAGCCUGUGACGGAAAGAGAGAAAUGUUAUUUUCAAUGCUGGGUAUGGGGCAUGAGAGAACCACCCUCAACCUCACCUCCCAUCCACCUACACUUAUGGAACAGGAAAUCAGUAAACAGAAGUACAGGUUGAAGGAAAUGUCUAAUAUUAUUGAGAAGCAGCACAACCUUCUGAAGCUGAUCGUUCAGAAGAUGGAGAUCAGUUCAGAGGCAGAAGAGCACGACGGUCCUCAGCUGUUCCAGGGCUACAGGGACAAGCCCCUCCCCUGUCAGAGCAAAUGGAACCCUCUACUGAGGGCACUGGCAGCCAGGAAGUAACAACAACACAUAUAUUAUCAUCAGCAUCCUACUAAAUGUACUGUACACAAAACCCGGGGUACGAUUAAGAAGGAAUGUCGGGGUAUGGUAUCACCAUUGUUAACAAAAGAAGACUUGGUGCAUCCUCCUUGAUUUUGACUAUUAUUAAUACACAUAACCCCC